AUGGAGUCUAUUCGCAAUUUCCAGACUCGCAGCAAUGCAACUACGGAGCCAAACACCCAAGAGCCUGUGCGGCCUGAAGCUGGCCGAUUCGCAAUGUUGCUGCCAAUGAAUAGAAUCGGAAGACCGGAUAUUAACGCAGCAGAUAGUUCGGGCUCUGAACACCACGAGAAGUCCAUCAAGGAAGCAGUAUUUGACAACAAACCAACAAGAUAUAUUGGACUCUCUUUUCUGCAAAUGAUCAGGCCAUUGGUAUCUUACGUCUCCAUGGUUAUCAAUGUUCGGACAGGAUAA